AUGAAACAAAAGGUGCUUGUAAUUGGCGAUUUGAACACAGAAUUGCCCGAAUAUAAGGAGUUUACCUCCAAGUUCGAGUGCAUCCGCUACGAAGUUCCACUCUCCAAAUCCCAAUUGAUUCAAGACUUGAAAACUACCUACUCCGACAUCAGCGCCAUCUACGGUGCCUGGCUCGGUUUUGUGUUGCUUGGAGGUUUCAAGGAUGACAUUUUGGCUGCCGCUCCACUGUCGUUGAAAGUGGUAUCCAUCUGUUCUGUCGGCCACGACCACUAUGAUGGAAAAGCCAUGGCUGACCGUGGUAUCAUCUUGACCAAUGUUCCACUGGACGGUGCUGCUGAGCCCGUAGCCGACUUAGUAUUGUUCAACACUUUGGCUGCCUUCCGAAACUUUAAGAUUUCUUCGGAAAACUUCGUGGCAGAUAUUAACCACACGGUAGGUGUGAGAAAGACCCUUGACUCUGGCAAAUUCGACUCGGCCUCGGGAAAACCGGUAUUGGCCAGCACCGAAGGCUAUGCUUUUGGUGAGUACGUGGCCGGACGGCCAUGUCUUAACCCCAAAAACCACCAUGUGGUGAUUGUAGGUUUCGGCAACAUUGGAGUGACCAUUGCUAGACGGUUGUCUGCGGUGGGAAUGCACAUCCACUAUGUUAAGAGGUCGCCUCUUUCUGCUGCCGAGGAGAAAGACUUGGGUUUCCCAGUUACAUACCAUCCAUCCGUUGGUGACGCAGCCGAUGUGGCUGACUUGGUGGUGAUUGCAUGUCCUGGAACUCCAGAGACCUUCCACUUGAUCAAUGCAGACACCAUCGAGCAAUUUGCAAAACCAAUCCGUAUUAUCAACAUCGGUCGUGGACCUGUGAUUGACGAGAAUGCUUUGGUGGACGGCUUGGAGCUGGGAAAGGUUGUGUUUGCUGGUCUUGAUGUUUUCGAAAACGAACCAACCGUGCAUCCCAAAUUGUAUGGUCGCCAGGACGUGAUUUUGACACCACAUGUGGGGGCCUCGACCGUGGAGAACUUUGACUUUACUGCGGUGAGUGCCAUGAAGAACAUCGAGAACGUGUUAUUGGAUGGAGGCCGUGGGUUGACUCCCGUCAAUUAG